GGAAUGCUGGUGCUCUGGGGGCCCCCUGCUAGGGACACGGCAAGCUGAGGGGGUACGUAGGGCAGGGCAGAGAAAACAGAACUCCAGAAACUAGUACUUAUCCAGGAAUCCCCAAGUUCCCAGUGCCCAACAUGGGCCAGGCCUGUACCUGUGGGGUACAGUGGUCAGCCAGGCAGAAGGGGCUCCCCUCUGGACCCGGGAGCCUCAGGAGGGAGGUCACACAUCAAAACUGCAAGGUGUCUGGGAAAAAGGUAGUGGGUGGAUAAAUUCAGAGUCCCCUCUUCCUAGUCUGUCCCCCCCAAGCAGUCCACAUACCAGGGUCCUGUCUGAGGACCAGGGCUGCUGGGCAGGGCAGGAAGGCUCUUGCCCUCUCUGUCUCCAGAAAGAGGGACCCCUUCAUUUCUUGCCAGCCCUUUUCUCUCUCCCAAGCCUGUGGCUUCCUUAGCAGUGGGUGCCAAGGCCACUUGCGGAGGUGUGCAGGGCCCCCUUCCAGACGCAGCUUCCGAGACUCUGGCUCCACCAGGGCCAACCAAAAUCCAGACGCCUGCGGGGAGGGCUGGCAUGGGCAGCUGCUAAAGGGGAGGACUAGGAAGCCCCCUUAUUGAAGGCUGCCCUGCGCUAGGCACUGUGCCAGGCGGGUACAGGCACUGUUUCAGCGCACCCGCAGUCUUUCCGGGAGUCCUCCCUGGGCGGUGCUCCAGUCCGGUGGGCAUCUCAUCUCCAGCUUGUAGGCAGUCCCGCGUCGGGGCAUCGGCUCGUGGGGAACCCUUCCCGGGAGUAGCAGGCGCCCUCGCUCUUCCCGGGACGCAGCUGGAGCUGGAACGCCUGAUCCCCGAGCCUGUGCAAGACCCUCGAGAGUGUCCCCGCAAUCGCCGUCUCCGCCCCCGAGCUGCUACAGAGCUGACAGGAUCCCAACGCCUCUCCAAGCCUGCGUCUACCUUCCUGCAGCUCCUGCUGGGGGGCCAUGCAAAGGCCCGCGAGGAGGCCGGUGGCCCGGCGCAUCCUGUAACCAAGAUAGCCAGGGGCUCCUUGGCAGUGCCAGCGGCACCAUGGAGACCCCGUAUUCGAUGACCGCGCACUACGACGAGUUCCAGGAGGUCAAGUAUGUGAGCCGGUGCGGCACGGGUGGUGCGCGCGGGGCCUCGCUGCCUCCCAACUUCCCGCUGGGUGCUGGGCGCAGUGCCACUGGCGCUCGGGCCGGGCUGCCGCGCUGGAAUCGGCGCGAGGUGUGCCUGCUGUCGGGCUUGGUGUUCGCCGCCGGGCUCUGCGCCAUCCUAGCCGCCAUGCUGGCGCUCAAGUACCUGGGCCCGGGCGCUGCGGGGGCCGGCGCCUGCUCCGAGGGCUGCCCGGAGCGCAAGGCCUUUGCGCGCGCCGCCCGCUUCCUGGCCGCCAACUUGGACGCCAGCAUAGACCCGUGCCAGGACUUCUAUUCCUUCGCGUGCGGUGGCUGGCUGCGGCGCCACGCCAUCCCCGACGACAAGCUCACCUACGGCACCAUUGCGGCCAUCGGCGAGCAGAAUGAAGAGCGCCUGCGGCGCCUGCUGGCGCGGCCCGGGGGUGGGCCCGGCGGCGCUGCCCAGCGCAAGGUGCGCGCCUUCUUCCGUUCGUGCCUGGACAUGCGCGAGAUCGAGCGGCUCGGCCCGCGGCCCAUGCUGGAGGUCAUCGAGGACUGCGGGGGCUGGGACCUGGGCGGCCCCGCCGAGCGUCCGGGGGCAGCAGCGCGCUGGGACCUCAACCGGCUGCUGUACAAGGCGCAAGGCGUUUACAGCGCCUCCGCGCUCUUCUCGCUCACGGUCAGCCUGGACGACAGGAACUCCUCGCGCUACGUCAUCCGCAUUGACCAGGACGGGCUCACCCUGCCUGAAAGGACCCUAUAUUUAGCUCAGGAUGAGGAGAGUGAGAAGAUCCUGGCAGCGUACCGGGUGUUCAUGGAGCGUCUUCUCAGCCUGUUGGGUGCCGAUGCUGUGCAGCAGAAGGCUCAGGAGAUCCUGCAGCUGGAGCAGCGGCUGGCCAAUAUUACUGUGUCAGAGUACGAUGACCUCCGGCGAGAUGUCAGCUCCGCGUACAACAAGGUGACCCUGGGGCAGCUGCAGAAGAUCACCCCGCAUCUGCGGUGGAAAUGGCUGCUGGACCAGAUCUUCCAGGAGGACUUCUCGGAAGACGAGGAGGUGGUGCUGCUGGCCAUGGACUACAUGCAGCAGGUGUCCCAGCUCAUCCGCUCCACACCCCGCAGGAUCCUGCACAACUACCUGGUGUGGCGUGUAGUGGUGGUCCUGAGUGAGCACCUGUCACCCCCAUUCCGAGAGGCGCUGCAUGAGCUGGCACGUGAGAUGGAGGGCAAUGACAAGCCACAGGAGUUGGCCCGUGUGUGCCUAGGCCAGGCCAACCGCCACUUCGGCAUGGCACUUGGGGCCCUCUUUGUACACGAGCACUUCUCAGCCACCAGCAAGGCCAAGGCCUCCUGCCCCAGGAAGCACUCUGGUCUGUCAGCCACUGGAAACUCUCCCCAUCAAGUUCCUGCCCUCCCUGUUCUGCCAUGCUCAGUGCAGCAGCUGGUGGAAGACAUCAAGUACAUCUUGGGCCAGCGCCUGGAGGAGCUGGACUGGAUGGACGCUGAGACCAAGGCAGCUGCCCGGGCCAAGCUCCAAUACAUGAUGGUGAUGGUGGGCUACCCGGACUUCCUGCUCAAACCGGAGGCUGUGGACAAAGAGUAUGAGUUUGAGGUCCACGAGAAGACCUACUUCAAGAACAUCUUGAACAGCAUCCGCUUUAGCAUCCAGCUGUCAGUCAGGAAGAUCCGGCAGGAGGUGGACAAGUCCACAUGGCUGCUCCCACCACAGGCCCUCAAUGCCUACUAUCUACCCAACAAGAACCAGAUGGUGUUCCCAGCAGGUAUCCUGCAGCCCACGCUGUAUGACCCUGACUUCCCACAGUCUCUGAACUACGGGGGCAUUGGCACCAUCAUCGGGCAUGAGCUGACCCAUGGCUACGAUGACUGGGGGGGCCAGUAUGACCGCUCAGGCAACCUGAUGCACUGGUGGACAGAGGCCUCCUACAGCCGCUUCUUGCGCAAGGCCGAGUGCAUUGUCCACCUCUACGACAACUUCACCGUCUACAGUCAGCGGGUGAAUGGGAAGCACACACUUGGCGAGAACAUCGCAGACAUGGGUGGUCUCAAGCUGGCCUACUAUGCCUAUCAGAAGUGGGUGCGUGAGCACGGCCCAGAGCACCCGCUGCACCGGCUCAAGUAUACACACAACCAGCUCUUCUUCAUCGCCUUUGCCCAGAAUUGGUGCGUCAAGAGGAGGUCGCAGUCCAUCUACCUGCAGGUGCUGACGGACAAGCAUGCACCUGAGCACUACAGGGUGCUGGGCAGUGUUUCCCAGUUUGAGGAGUUUGGCCGGGCCUUCCACUGCCCCAAGGACUCACCCAUGAACCCUGUCCACAAGUGCUCUGUGUGGUGAGCCUGGCCGUCUGCCCGCACUGUACCCCCCACUGACCCGCACGAAUCACCACCCCCGCCCCCCACUCCCGGCUGCUGGGACAGGCACAGGCCCGGUCCUGGCCCUGCCCUGGGUGCCACCUGCCUUCCUAGCCCCUCCAGGCCCUGGCCCCCUGUUGUCCUCACUUAAGGAGGGGCCAGAGCAGGAAUGAGGUCAGCUCCAGGAGGGCACUGGGGGAGACGCUGGGGUCCCCAGACUCGGCUCUAGGAGCCAGACCCCUGGCCAGGCUGGAUCUUACAGGCCCCACCCUCCCUGUGUUCUUGCUGCUAAGUUUGGUCAAUAAAGCUGCUGUACUAUC